GGCGCAGGGAGCGGGAGGGUGGAUUCUCGGAGCCGCCCGCCCGCGGGGACUCAGGUGCUCUCUCUGCAGCAGAGCCGGCAGGAACCCGGGAGCUGACCAGCAUGGGGGCCACCGACUUCGUGCAGGAGAUGCGCUUGGUGGGUGAAAGGCUGCUGCUCAAGCUACACGCGGUGCCGCCAGGCGGAGCCGUGGAGAUCGUGGCCUUUCUCGGUCAUCUCCUCUUCACAGGCACCGUGCUGCUGCUGCUGCUGGUCGCCUGUAGCUGUUGCUGCACCCAGUGCUGCUGCCCCGAGCCCAGGGCCAGGAAGGCCCAGGUGCGGCCCGUGUCCCCGCCAUGAGGACGGAGAGCUGACCGAGAAGCUGGAGAGGAGGCUGACACCACGCCCGGGCGUCGGCCUGGCCCCCCAGCCCUGACUCCUCGAGACCAAGUCCACUGUCACAGCUCUGGCCCCGCCCAGGAACCAGACGCGGCACGUGGGGGCUUGUCCAGGAAACAAGGGCCGUUGUAGUCACAGGACCUCCACCUGCCGAAAGCGCGGUGCCAAGGAGGAGUCACCAUUUCAAGGACAGAGUAAACCGCCGGGGAUCUUGGCCUACCCGCACUUUUUAACAAAACACGGAAGCGGGGUCCCCAAACCUCGACGGAGAACAGCCCGCACCCGGGGGAGCUGGCCUUGGGGUUCUGCUGACCACGCCAAAAAGGAGCUGCCCAGUCGCGGGGACUUAGUGCAAGAGCCCCUGGGCCCACGCUCCCCGCCGGAGAGGGCGCCUGUCAAUAUCCCAGUCCAGUAUCUGCCUGUUUCUUUCCAGUAAAAGCUUUUUCGUUCUA